AUGGCCACCAGGGUGCUGACCAUGAGCGCCCGCCUGGGUCCCGUGCCGCAGCCCGAGGAGCCGGUGUUCGCACAACUCAAACCCGUACUGGGGGCCCGGGAGGCAGCGAUCUUCCCCGGGGACGACCUGAAGCAGCAGCAGCCGCCGCCGCCGCCUCAGCAGCAGCAGCAGCAACACCCGGCCGGCGGAGGCGGAGGCGGCGCCGCGACCCUGCCGGCGGAGGAGAUGGUACAGACAAGAUGUGAAAUGGAGAAAUACCUGGCACCUCAGCUCCCGCCCGUUCCUGUCAUUCCUGAACAUAAGAAGUACAGAAGAGACAGUGCCUCAGUUGUAGACCAGUUUUUCACUGACAGCGAAGGGUUGCCUUACAGCAUCAACAUGAACGUCUUCCUCCCCGACAUUAGCCACCUGAGAACUGGCCUGUACAAAUCACAGCGACCCUGUGUAACCCACAUCAAAACAGAGCCAGUCACCAUCUUCAGUCACCAGAGUGAAACUACUGCCCCUGCCCCGACUCAGGCCCUCCCUGAAUUUACCAGCAUCUUCAGCUCCCACCAAACUCCUGAUGUGAACAACAUUUUCAUCAAGCAGGAGCUUCCUACACCAGAUGUUCAUCUUUCCAUCACACCCCAGCAAGGCCAGUUAUAUCAGCUCUUGAGCUCACCGGAUUUAGAUAUGCCCAACACUACUACUCAGGCAGCUGUAAUGGACCCCCUUAACAAUGUAUCCAUGCCAUCAGCCAUGGCGGGCCUUAAUACGCUCUCCUCGGCUGUUCCGCAGACUGCAAUGAAACAGUUCCAGGGCAUCCCCUCUUGCACCUACACCAUGCCAAACCAGUUUCUGCAGCAGCAGGCCACUUACUUCCCUCCUUCCCCUCCAAGUUCUGAGCCUGGAAGUCCAGACAGACAAGCAGAGAUGCUACAGAAUUUAACCCCUCCUCCAUCAUACGCUGCAACUAUAGCUUCCAAGAUGGCAAUUCACAAUCCAAAUUUACCUGCGAGUCUGCCCAUAACCCCCCAGAACAUGCAACCAGUCAGAUACAACAGGAGAAGUAACCCAGAUCUGGAGAAAAGACGUAUCCACUACUGUGACUAUCCUGGCUGCACGAAAGUUUAUACAAAGUCUUCUCACUUAAAAGCACACCUGAGAACUCACACAGGUGAGAAGCCCUACAAGUGCACGUGGGAAGGCUGUGACUGGAGGUUUGCUCGCUCAGACGAAUUAACACGCCACUACAGGAAGCACACGGGGGCAAAGCCCUUCCAGUGCGCUGUCUGCAACCGCAGCUUCUCCCGUUCCGAUCACCUGGCUCUCCACAUGAAGAGGCAUCAGAACUAA